CAGGUUCAACUGUUGUAAUGAGGAAGCUUAAUUGCACAUCUGAGACGUAACAGAGGGAGGAAUGGUGCUCGCCGGAUGUAUCUAUGGAGCACUUGAAGGAUACUGCAUCCGCACCCCGCCGGAGGUUCCUUGGGAGAUUUGCGGUGCCAGUGAAUAGCAGUGGUAGUGUUGGUCGAGGGAAGUUCUCUCCUCCCUUACUUCAUGGCAGUGGUGUAGGGAAAGCAGGACAGAAACCUACAGCUGUAGUUUCCCCUUCGAUGAAUCAUGAUUGCACCUUUGGGGACUCCUUCUGCAAUGAUGAUAUACUGGAUGGUGUAUGUGAAAUUGAGGCCCAGUAUGUGGUCUCCUCAAAAAAAAGGCGUUCUUCUGUGCUGUUUUCUGGUGACUCUCCAAAUCAAGGAAAGAAACAUGGGAAGAGAAGAAGGACACAGUCAAAUUGUGGUGCAGAGAUGACAGUUAGUGGGAAGCAUUGCCCACACCCUGAGGAUAAGGAGAAUGUCUUGGGUACACCAAUUGGGGCAGAUACCCUUGAGGCUAUAGAUGCUCUGGAUUUAGAUGAAGAUGCCUUCCCAGAUGAAGUCACUUCUCCAGGGCCUGAGCGAAGUACAGAAAUUGCACAUGAACAUGGUACCAUACUUACUUCAGCCAAGAACAGAAGCAGUAGUAUCAGGAACAAGGUUUUCUUGGAUAUCUCAUCCUCUGAAGGAAAUGUGACACUACGAAGAUCCCAGAGAAUCAGAGUGAAGAGUGAGGAAGAGAGAGACACAUCCAGAGCUACACCCACCCAUGGGAAAAAUAACGGUAUUGUAGUUUGUGGCUCAAAAAACACCACAGGCAAAAGUCCAUGUGCCACGCCUACACGCAGAGGAGGGUCAGAGGAUGAGAGUGUUAGGGCAAGGAACAUAUUAAACACUGGCAAAACCUCUGCUAGGCUGGAUCCAGCGCUGAAUAUAGGAGGUCCUGACUUACACUUUAAUGAUAAACUAGAGAAAAAGAAUGCAAAGACCUUGAAUGAUGGUGCAACUAGAGGUAAAAGUGAUAUUGACAAUCAUGGGACACAACUGACUGAUUCCCCUUCCCCACAACCUGAUCAUAGAAAGAAAAGGGGUAGAGCAACAGUAAUCACUAAAGAGAACAAAGAGAAAGAUGAGGAUAAGGAGGUAACACCUAAUGCCGCAGUACAGUUAUAUGAAGGGAAUGAUGUUAAGGUUUCACCACAUAACAGCUCAAGGCAAGUAAAACUCAAAGAUGAAAAGAAAGCAACUGUUAGGAAACAGAGUUCUUUAAAAAUGGAAGGAGAGAAGAGUAGUGGCCCUUCACCUGGUAGAAAGACUCAUGAAAAGGAUAAAGCACAAAACUCCUCAAAACAGAGUCCAGAUGAAUUGUUAAAACCUCUUAAAGAGAACAAAUGCAAAAAUGAUAAAUCUACCAAACCACUAGGAGAAAACCACCAAAGUCAUGUUGAUUCUGGAGUCACAGAAGUGGAACAAUCGGCUAGACCUUGUGCCCAAGUGUCUACACUAAAAUAUCCGCCUUUGAACAAACCUGAAACUCUUUUUCAUAGCCCAGGUCCUGAAGCCACAGCAUCUCAUGUGCUAUUAAAAACCAACUCUCCUCGUGAAGCAAAAGAAUUAAAGAGAACAUAUGCAAUUAAAGAACCUGUAUCUCCAGACUUUCACAUUGUGCAAGCUAGUCCAAGACCCAAGACAGCAUUGACGUCUCCGUUUAGUGACUCCAAGAAUAUGUCAAGCUUCAUUUCUACACAGGCAAAGAUGGAACUGGCAUCUUGGGGUUUGCCUGAAGCUGUCUUGGAGCGUUAUGUAAAGAAUGGAAUCCAGACAAUGUUUCCAUGGCAAGCAGAAUGCUUAAGCUUACCAGAGGUACUAAAUGGGAAAAACUUGGUGUACUCUGCUCCAACUUCAGCAGGCAAGACGUUAGUGGCAGAGCUCUUACUUCUUAAGCGGGUGAUCGAGACUGGAAGGAAAGGAGUGUUCAUUCUGCCCUUCGUCUCAGUAUCUCGAGAGAAGAUGUAUUACUUGCAGAAAAUGUUUGGUGUGGUUGGUGUACGUGUUGAGGGGUUCAUGGGCUCGCAGGGUCCUCCAGGGGGUCUACGUGCCACAGAUAUUGCUGUCUGCACAAUUGAGAAGGCAAAUAACCUAGUCAAUCGGUUGCUAGAGGACCAGCGCAUAAAUGAACUGGGCAUCAUUGUGGUGGAUGAACUACACAUGCUGGCAGACUCCCACCGUGGCUACCUCUUGGAGCUACUCCUUACUAAGGUCAUGUACGUCUCCAACAGUCUCAAGAAUGGAAAACAGGCCACUAAUGGAGAAUCGGGAAUCCAGAUCGUAGGCAUGUCAGCAACUCUCCCCAACUUGGAUCUCUUAUCGCAUUGGCUGAGUUCGCAGCUCUACAGCACUGAUUUCCGGCCUAUCCCACUACUGCAAACGGUGAAGAUUGGCAAAGCAGUCUACGAUUCCAGCAUGACUAAAAUUCGAGAUUUAGAUCCAUUAUUGACUGUUAAGGGAGAUAGUGAUCACCUCAUACAGCUGUGCCUUGAAACGGUGCUAGACGGCCUCUCAGUCCUUGUGUUCUGCCCCACCAAGGCAUGGUGUGAAAAGCUAGCUGAGGCAGUGGCAAGGGAGUUCUUCAACAUAGGAAAGGCUGACAGUAAGUACCCUGCGGAGGUUAGCAUUCGGCUGCGGGCAUCUCUAGACUCUGACGGCAUAGCCAGGGUCAUGCAGGCCAUGCGCAAGUGUCCAGUGGGCCUGGACAACGUCUUGGCUCGCUCCAUAGCUUUUGGAGCUGCAUACCACCAUGCAGGACUCACAUUUGAUGAGCGAGAUAUAAUAGAGGGAGGGUUUCGUACUGGCUCCAUCCGUGUCCUCAUCGCAACUUCAACACUGUCCUCUGGGGUUAAUCUUCCAGCACGUCGUGUCAUUAUCCGAUCACCAGUGUUUGGGGGGAAAAUUCUUGACACGCAGACCUACAGGCAGAUGAUUGGCCGAGCAGGAAGGAAGGGGGUGGACACAGAAGGAGAAAGUGUUCUUAUUUGCCGUGAAGGAGAGCGGCAGAAGGCCCAGGUGCUUAUGACCUCCUCGCUACCUGCCAUCACCUCCUGUCUUCAACAAGAUGCAUCUCUAACCUCUAGCAUGAAAAGAGCCAUACUGGAGGUCAUAGUGAGUGGAAUAGCAACUAGCCCAGAGGAAGUUGAGCGUUACAGCAAAUGCACUCUCCUGGCAGCCUCCUUAAGGAAUGAAGCUAGUUCCUCUCAAGCAGAUGCCCAGAACUCAAUUCUUAGCUGUGUUGAAUUCCUUGAAGAGAAUGAAUUCAUUAGACUACAAGAAGUUGAUGGCAGCACCCGUUACACCAGCACUCAGUUAGGCUGUGCUGUUCUGGCCUCUGGCUUGUCACCUGAUGAAGGUCUCCAUGUCUUCAGUGAACUUCACCGGGCCAGGAAGUGUUUUGUUUUAGAGAACGAACUGCAUAUCAUCUAUCAGGUGACACCUGUAUAUGUGAGUUCUGCAUGGCCAAACAUGGACUGGCUUACCUUCCUGAGCAUUUGGGAGAGCCUUAGUGAGGACAUGAAGCGUGUUGCGGAAUUAGUUGGAGUAGAGGAAAGCUUCAUUGUGAGGGCAAUGAAGGGAACAGUCAACAGGAAGGUGAGGCGCCAGGCAAAGCAGUUAGCUGUUCACCAGCGUUUUUACACAGCUCUUGCCCUUCAUGAGCUGGUGCAGGAGGUUCCCCUGAAUACAGUGGCUCGUAAGUAUGCGGCCACUCGAGGAAUGCUCCAGUCACUUCAACAGUCGGCUGCCACAUUUGCAGUUUUUGCUGUGACCUUGAAUAAAUUGAAGCUGCACGAUCCUGUGUUCAUGUCCCUGUCUGUCAUGUUCCCUUUGACAUCCCUUUUCUCCUUAAUAAGCCUUAUUGCACCUGCCGCAGCAUAUGCAGUAUAUGACACAUAUAGCCAUUUGGCAGUGGACAUAUUGAACCAUCUUCCACUCUACAACCUCAAUCCGGAGUCCUCAUGCCCUCGAUCCCUCAAUCCCUCUCGCUCCUCCCAAUCUCCCAUACUCGCACUCGUUCCGACCUCUGAGCUACAUCUAACCGUACACAGAUCACAAAAGUUCUCAGCCAUUGCUGCGUCAAGAUCAUUCUACAUCAAUCAUGCCCUCUCUCAAUCUACAUGCGCCAGUUCAAAUCCGCUGCAUCAGUCUUCUCUCCAACUGUCCUGUCCUUACAUCCGUGCUGUCCUUUACUUCUUCCUGCUCCCGCGGAUGCCUUCGGGAGAGGAUCAGCGAUGUAUUGUUCCUGAUGUCCUCGAUACCUGUCAAUCUCGAACUUCAGAUGCGCCCGGAAAGCCCAAGAAUAGGGAAAAAGAAAAAGCCAUGGCCAUAAAGCUCCCAAAGGCCAUCUUCUCUACUCCGUUCCUCAGCAACAAAAUGGGUGAGGAGAGCCGCAAAGAGGGCACCAUUUGGCUGUCAUCGGGACAACCCCUGACAGAAGCUCAAGCAGCAAUGCUUAUUGUGAAAGAAGCAAGGUUGCUUGUUCAGAAAGAGCUUGGCAUCUCCAACAUUGACUGGACACAAAAGACUGAAGCUUUUACAACCCCUAGCAGGAACAUGAAUAUGUCACAGGGUGGCUCUAACACCAGUAGGCGUAGUGUAUCAAGUGUAAAAAAUCGAAAUUCUAUCUCGCCAAAUCUUAUUUUGAGGUCUGAGUCAGUUCUUGGGAAAAAUACUCCAGCCUCAAGGAUUGUAGAAGGUGGUGUAGAGGAAGCUGUAACACCCUUGCAGAGGAACAAGAAAAAACGGAUAUCCCCAGCAACAAGGGUCCUGCGAAGAAUGUCAAAAUCUCCACAAAUGGACCUUGGCUUAGAUAGAAGCAUGAAGAAGAGACAUGCAAAUAACAUGAAUGAAAAGCAAAAUAGGAUGAAUUGUAGUGAUAACUUACCUGAGCAGAAAACCUCUCAUUUGGAGACUUUAGGCCAUACUUCUACUUAUAAUUCCAAAGGUAAUGGAGAAAAAUCAAAUAGUCCUUUUAGUAUUGUCAACAAGUGUGAAGGACUAGAUAAUCAGUCUAAACCCAAUACAGUAAAUAGUGAUAUCAUACCUGAGUUAACACAUAAAGAGAAGGACAUUUCUCAUCCAGGUGAGGAAAUUCAUUUUAGCAAAUUUCUAAAAGUCCCCCAGAUGAAUGACAGUGUUGAGAAGAGAGAAAGAGAGGUCAUACAAGACCAACAAGAAUUUGACACCAGCACUAAUAGGCGUGAAAGGAAGGACCUGAAGGGAAGGAUAAAGAAUAGGAGAACUGUUGGAGAAGGAACAGAUGAUAAUACAGAACAGGAAAGGGGAAAGGGAGAAAAGAAGACAGAAAUAAUAGAACGAGAGGAGACUGGAAAGAACUUUGUGACAGGAUAUAGUGAAUCUGAAAAAAGAGGCUCUGUUCAAAUAAAUGAGGCAGAAGCAGCACAAGAAGAUAUGAAGAGGACAGAGAUAAACAAAGUAAAAGACAUUAAGGACUCAAUGAAGGAGAGUGAAAAUAUUGAAAUCACAAAGAGUGGGAAGGUAGGAGUAACUGCUGAUGGAGUUGAAGGGCCAAAUAAUCCUAAAAAGAAGCCAUCAUCAAUUGCAGGGCUUCUGUUUGGUAAGAGCAAGCCUAGAAAGAAGGAGAUAGAAGCAAGUAUGAAACAGACAGAAGAUGAGAGUAAUUAUUUCUGCAUUCCUGAAUCCCAAGAAGACAAAGCUGAUAACCUUUUCUCUCCAAAACGCAGACAAAGAGUUCCUUCAAAAGAAAAGGAGGCCCAUAUUACCAGUGUAUGUGUAGAUCUUGAGAAAUUGCCAGUGAGUAAAACCAUAAAUAGGGCCGCUGAUGGUAAAGGAAAAAUACCCCAGAUUAGAAUAACUGAUGAAAAGCAUAUGGAAAGCAAUACAGAAAGUGGAAAAGGAAUAAGCACUGAUGUGAACACCAGCACACCAGUAGUAAAACACCCCAAGAGUACAUUAGCUGUAUGUGCUGCAACUCCCAUAACUGAUUCUUUAGAUGGAAUAAUAGCCAAUUUAAGCUUCAAUGAUUCACAGGCCAUGGAAGAAAAUGGCAAUACAUUUAAGGAUGAAAGUGAUCUUUUUAAGGACAGUGAUGGUGAGGUGUCUGGGGAUGCAGGGAAGCUUAAAGGUAAAAUCUGUGCUGGAGAGAAACAUCAAAGAGAGACCUUGGAGGAGAAGCAGCCAAAUAUGGAAAGCCAUCUAAUUAAUGACAGUAUUGGCCUCCUGUCAGAGUCACAGAAAGAUAACUUUUUCAGGACAUUGGGCACUCAGGAUUUUGAUGUCAGUAAGCCUGAAGAGUACUUGGAAGAUGAGCUAUUAGCUUGCAACAGGCAACAGGAGUUAGAGGUAGAUGUAGAAGAGAUGGAGAUAGAUGAGAAGGGAGAGGAAGUAGUGCAAGAGAUUUUUUCAGUAUUAUUUUCAGAUGAUUUCAUUAAGAGGAAGAAUAAAGCUAAGAGAACAAUUGUAUCAGAAGGUGUUAGAAAUCAAAAUCUGGAAAGAUUAAAAGCAUGUGGUGGAAACUUGCCAACAAAAACACCCCUGGUUGACCAAAAUAAUAAGCAAAAAAUUGAAACCCCAAUGUACCAGGCUUGCUCAGAAGAACUUGACUUUGGGUUUGAUCUGAGUCGAACAGAAAACAAAGCUCCCCCAGAGAUAAAACGGAAUAUUGUUGAGAAUCAUCUUAACACCAAUAAAGAUGGUUCUUACCUGAAUAUCUCAUUUGAGAGAGUCCCUCAGGUAGAGCCAAAGUCAAAGAAGUCUUUUGCUAAACAGAAGGAGAUUCAUGAUGCAUCUCAUACGUCACUUUCGGAGGAUGAGGUGCCAAAUCUUGAAUAUCCAUCAGAUGGGGAAUUAAACCAAAAUGUUGGUGAAGUGCCUGAUGAAGAUAUGGGUGAAAAUUUUCACAGAGGAGAUGACACACUCUCUGAUUCUUUCUUGGACCAAGCAUUUGAGAGUUAUCUACACCUUUCGUCAAACACAGAUGAGUCAGAGGAAAAUGUAGGUUUACAAGGAGUUACUGAAGAUACUGAAUCAGGAACCAGUGGAGAAAAUGAAGAGUCUUAUAAUGUUCUGGAAAAGAAUUGUCUUGGAGACACAUUUGGGGAACUAAACAUGACACCAGGCACAGAAGCAUUGCUUGAUGGCUUGGUGGAUUGCCACAACAAAAUGUCUCAAGGAAAGAAUAGUGUUCUUGCAGAUGCAAAGCAGACAGGCAAAGUGAGGCUCUCGGAUGACCUUUUUGCCACCCCAGUAUCCCCAGCACCAAGAAGGAGGAGUCAGAAGGAAAAUACUGUAGAUGGAAAGAAAAAUGUCAAAAGGGGUAAGAUGGAAGAUAAGACCCACAGACCUCAAGAACCUAAGGAUUCUAAAAUGUCAUCAUCAGCUGGGCCAUCCAAUAUUGUGAAGGAAGACAGGAAGAAACAGGAAUCAGUAGGCAAUAGAUACUUGGAUGAAGGAGGGCCUUUUGACAGUGGGGGAACAGAGACAAGAUCACUAAGCAUCAUUGAUGUUGUAAAUAAUAGUAAACUUUUUGAAUGUUUCAAAAAUGAAUGGAGUGAGCAGAAGACUUACUCAAUUGCCCUGGCAUGUGAAAAAGCACCAUCGCAGCAGACAAAAGGAGGAAUAGGCUGGAAGGUCACAGGGCAGAGCCGUACCCCACGACGGAGCCAACGGCCGCAGGAGAAGGAGGUAGCAGGGAUAGUGGUGGAAAGUACAGGGCUUCUGCUUGUGGGAAUGGCCAUCUGUUGGGGUGGCCGUGAUGCAUACUACAUCAACCUGAGGACAGUACAAGAGGAGGCUAUUAGCUGUAGCCUGCCCACUCCUCCUCUCUUGGAAGCAGUGCCAUUGAAGAAUCGCAUUGAAGUUAUCAGAAAGGUCAUUACAAAAGCAGAAGCAGAUUCAACAGUGCGACUGUGGGAUGCCAAGACCUGCAUGAGGCUCCUGGCCGCAGCUGGACUGGGAAUUUUAGUCACUCGGACAGAAGACCCGAGGGUGGCGUCGUGGAUGCUUGACCCAGGAGCCAAGGAGCAGAAUCUUUAUAACAUGGUCAUGACUCACAACCUAGAGAGCUUACCAUUGCUUGAAGGUGUUGGGAGUUCAUGGGGCCUUGCCAGCCUAGGAGUAAAUGACAAGAAUCCUGGGUCCUGCAGAGUCCGGGCUGCCACAGAAGCUGUUGUGGUGUAUCAAUUGAUGCACGAGAUGAGACGCCAGCUGAAAGAGAUCGGGAUGCUGCAAGCCUUUGAUGAGGUAGAGAUGCCAAGUGUGGUGACACUGGCAUGCAUGGAGAUGACUGGCAUGGGCUUCAGUAACCUUGAAUGUGAGGCUCAGAAGGCAAUCAUGCAGAAACGCAUGGCGGAACUGGAGAAGGAGAUGUACUCGCAGGUGGGUCAUCCCUUCUCUCUUACCUCUCCGGAUGAAGUGAGUCAGGUGCUGUACUGCGAGCUGCGCUUACCUCUACCUGCUGGAGCUUCGUCCCACAGGGGAGGGCGUGGGCGAGGAGGGAGAGGUGGGCGUGGCAGCAAGACGAGUGGGCCAACAAAUAAAGAGACACUUGAGAAACUGUCCCAGCACCACCCACUGCCAGCAAAGAUUCUUGAAUGGCGGAGGAUCAGUUCUUCCCUUACCAAGAUCUUAUUUCCUUUGCAACAAGAACGAGUUUACAACCGAAGCUUGACCAUGGACCGCAUACACACCUCCACGCACACCUUCACUGCAACUGGCAGGGUCACCAUGCAUGAACCCAAUCUACAGAAUGUUCCCAAAGACUUCAAUAUUCAGGUGGCCGUCGACUCAGGAGAAGCAAGAGGCAGGGGUAUGCGAGCCCAGCAGAGAGCACUGGCUAAUUCAGCAAUUAUGAGUCAGUUAGGCCCCCUCUUGGAGAGUGAGCAUGAGGGACACACCGUCAGUCUGCGCCAUGCUUUUGUUGCCUGUCCUGGCAGCAAUGUGCUCCUGGCUGCCGAUUACUCACAGCUGGAACUGCGGCUGUUGGCGCACCUGGCUUCAUGUGAGAAACUCUUGCGGUUGUUGAAUGGUGGCGAGGAUGUGUUUACCAGUAUUGCCUCCCAGAUCCACAUGGUCGAACCUGGUGAUGUCACGACAGAGUGGAGGCAACAGGCUAAACAGAUUUGCUAUGGCAUGCUUUAUGGCAUGGGAGCCCGCGCCCUGGGAGAACAGCUGGGUGUCGAUGAGAACGAUGCCCAGGCCUUCAUGGACCGGUUCAAAGGGCGGUUUCCUGGUGUUAAGCGGUUCCUGCAGACCACGGUGGAAGACUGCCGCAAGAAAGGCUAUGUCCUCACCUUAAUGGGUCGCAGGAGGUACUUGCCGAACAUCAAUAGCCAGAAUGUACACGCAAGGGCCCAGAGUGAGCGGCAAGCAAUAAACACUGCCAUCCAGGGCUCAGCAGCAGACCUGGUGAAGCUAGCCAUGGUUAGGAUUGCUAAAGCCCUUCGACAGGCAUUCCCCCAUGCCCCAACUCACCUCACGCAGCCGCCCAGUCAUGGUCAAGAGAUCUCUGGGGCUUUUCUCGUGUUGCAGUUGCAUGAUGAGUUAGUUUAUGAGGUGGUCAGUGAUGACGUAAUUCAAGUGGCUCAGCUCGUCCGGAGCCACAUGGAAGGGGUGCGCCAACUGGCUGUCAGUCUCCCUGUUAAAAUCAAAGUAGGACCAUCCUGGGCAUCCAUGCAAACCUUGAACCUUUAAGAAAUAUCCUGAUUCUUGAUUCAGUGAUUUCUCUCCCUCUUGUCUUGUGAAUGGGGAGGUUAAAGUGGCUGUGUCACCAAUGUGAUUGUUUUUAUUUUUUUUUAUUAUUUUUUUUCCAUGUCAUUUUGAUAAUUUUUACAUGGUUAUGUCUAGGUCUUGGAAAUGUUGAACACUCCAAAAACGAGACAUGCCAUAUUCUUAUUCCUCCUAGUGAAGGUAAAGUUUUAUGUGAGGUUGUAAUUUGCAGUGAUUUUAAAUGAUGUAUUUAAAGCUAUUUAUACAAUAUGUAAAAUUUGUUAUCUAGCCUUUUCUAAGAAAGAUAUUGGGAUGAUGGUAGUAAGAUAAAUACAUUACUGUAUAUUUUGUGUAAAAUAAUAAUUUGUACAGUAGAUGGUUUGAAUUUAAUCAUAUAUUUUGCAGGCCAGACUGUACCUUUAUUUACAUAUAAACACAAAAAAACCUGUACGCUCAAAGUUUAGGUAUGGUGUUGAAGCUGUUUUCUUCAGUAAUCCUGAGUGUAUUUAAACGAAUAGUGUGUUUUUAUAUACAAUAUUAUCUUAAGGAACAGGUACUUAUGUAUGUAUAUGGCUUUGUAUAGUUUUUAAUAUUUAUAGAUAAUUUAUUUUGUUUUUAGUAUGUGAAGAGGAUGAUAUUUUUUACAGUGGUAUAUAUUUACUCUUUGUAAGGAAUGUAGUUUUAUAUGUUGAUGUAAUAUAUGGAUUAUUGUGGAGAAAAAGAUAGAUAUUUUUAUAAUUCAGAUAUUGAAAAGUUAUGGAUA